GGCCACGGCCAAUCAGAGAGGAUGUCCCGCCCUUCACUAUCUGUGAUUUGUUUAAGCCACGAUAUUGGCCAAAUAUUUGUCUGUUAUUGAACCAAAUGUAGAGUUUCAAUGUGGACACUUUUUCCUCUCUCGAAUAGCUGGUCGCACCGGUGUGACCUCCGAUUUUUUUUAGUCACACUUUUGAAAAAUUAGGUCGCAUAUGCGACCAAAUUGGUCGCACUCUGGAGCCCUGGUCGGACGGCCCGUUGGGUUUGGCGGUGCUGGUCAUUGAACAGUCAGUUCUACUGGCUGCACCUUCAGCUGAGAUCUCUGUGGCGUGUUUUUCCCCAUUCGCCCAAGUCCUCGGCAAAUGCUUGCUGUCCCCUCAUACCAUCUGCUGGGUGGGGGCCCCAUGUGUUAGCAUGCAUCUGCUCAUCGUCUCUCUGCCUUCGGGUCUUCCGUUGACAUAUUUAGGAACGCAUUCACAUGAGAAAAGAGAUCUUUUUCGCAUGCACCAAUCGAGUCACUGUCGGGUGCACCUUUCUCGUCCUUAAUGGAUUGUUAGUUGGGAUUGCCACUUUUGACGGUGAAAAUAGCUCCAUGGUGCUUGAAGGUGUGACGCUGUCUGGAAAUUUUGAUAAAUGCUGAAAAAUGAUAUAAGGGGAUAGCUUAGUUGUUUCUCAUAGGUUUUGUGUAAUGUUACCUAAUAUGUGUUGAUGGGAUGUUUGACCACUUCCUGUGAGAAACUGGGAAUCAUGUGAAUAAGAAUGGCAAGAUUGGUAUCCUUAAAAGACUUGGACAAUGGAGGUUAGACACAGACAACCCUGGUUGUGUGUUUGGGUUGUAAAAGGCAAUUGACCCAUGUAUGUCUACCAUGUAAGAUACCAUGUAAGACUUCAUUGUGCAUCAUUUCCUGCGUGACACUCCAGGUCAGACUUCUCAUGUGUCGACUUCUCCAUAAAACCUAGCACAUGUGAUCUGUCCUUCAGUUUACUCCUCUCAUUGGGUAAGUGCUCGGUAGUGGAUUGAAGGGAAUGGAAAAACCAAAGGGAGCGUAUUUUCCGCUGGAAUGCAAGCGCACGAGAGGGGGGACAAUGUCUCCCUGCAGACCUGUACGAGCUAAUCCGUGGCCUCUCCCCCAUGCGAGCACUGCAGCUUACAGUAAGGGCUCCUGAGGAAUCGCAGGCAGACGCGCUCGCCUCACAACGGCAGGGCCUCACGCAUGACUGCCGGAGAUGAGAUGGGGCUGGGGGGGGGGGGGCCUUGUGAGAGUCAUAUGAGGCGGCUUAAGGGCUCGCUCAUUCAUCCUCUCUUCCUUUUCUCUCUCUGUCUCUCUCUUCUCUCUCUCUCUUGUCUCUCUCCCUCUGUCUGAGUCGGAAGAUGAGCAGUACACCGAGUCUGCAGCCCCCUGCCUCACCUCGCUCCGCUACACGCCAGGAAUGUGCCCCCUGGUCGGUGCCCGCCGGACGAUCCUACUCUCUUGGCGCCCGCUGUUCACUUCUUCUGCCCUGUCCUUCUCUCUUGCUUUGCCAUCACGCAAACGUGGCUGCCAGUGUAUUGGCUAAUGAAGGCUGUAGAUUAAAGUAUUUAAUAUACUUCAGCAUUUCUCUGUGUUAGCCUUGACACAACACUAUUUGUACAAUCGAUGGAGCUUCUUUCAAAUAUCCUCAUAUUAAAAACAAAGCUAACUUUUAAACUCACUCUGUACCUGAUCUUUCCAUUAUGAUACUGCCUAAAAAAAGAAAAGAAGGAAAUCUGGAUAAAAAAGUGGAAAUAUAAAGGCCAGUGGAUCUGAAUCAAGGGCCAAGGUGGCGCGUGUUGUCAUUACGUGGUGUUGAAGAAGAAGCCCUCAGAUAUGGCGUCUCGAAGUGAGGAGAAGAUGAGGGUCCAUGCACACACUAAGUUCUGCUUCAUCUGCGUGCUCACCUUCCUGUUCAACCAGUGCAGCCACUGCCACAGCGAUGGCCACCACCAUGGACACGGACACGGAGGCAGCAGCGGUGACCUGGACCACGGCCACAGCCACGAUCGGAGUGACCACGACCACGAUCUUGAACACGAACACGAUCACGUCCACAACGACCUGCAGAUAUCCCAGGCGCCGUACGUGGGUCCGUCGGGUCAGCCUGCGGCGGCGGGUGACGUUGGAGAUGGCGGGGUCAGCGAGGCGGAGAAAGAGCAGCACUACUACAUCCAGAAGCUGUUCCACUACUACAGCCAGGGAGACCAGCUCAGCUUCCACGGCUUCCAGAACCUGCUGCUGAACCUGGGCCUGGGCAAGGUGAAGGUGGUCGGCGUCAAACACGACGAGCAUGACCACGUCGCUCAUCUGGACCUACUGGACCAUGCUCGCCACCAUGACCAUGACCAUGACCACGACCACCACCAUGGCCACGGCCAUGACCAUAACUCUCACAGCCAUGGUGGGAGCCACACCACACACUCUCACCACCACCACCAGCACCCCAAUACAGAGGCCGGAGGAGCGCACACCACAGCCGGACAGGGCACCUUCCCCUGUAGCCCGAACAGCUCUGAGCCUACCGUGGACAGUGGCCCCAUGGGCCGUGACGAUCACGAUCACGCUCACACUCAGGACAAUGAGCACAAGCACACCCAUGAUGACCAUGGUGAUCAUAAUCACACCGCCGCAGCCAGCGACCGUGCGGCCGACAGCAACGAGUUCAGCCAGGUGCCCGAGCAGGUGCAGGAGGAGGUUGGCGAACAUAUCCAUGACGAACAGUCGCCGCCCCACCACCACCACGACCACCAUCACAAGCAUCCGCACCCACACCCCCACAACCACGAGCACCGCGCCCCAGCCAACAGCACAGACAUUCGGAUCCCCGCUCCCCGGGCAGCCCCGCCCACACAGCUCCCUGCCCAGCCCACACGGACACCGCAGAGGGCCACUUUGGGCUCAGGCCUCCAGGAGGCUAGCCCGUCGCUAGCUCCAACCCUGGCCCCAGUGACCAAGAGGACCAGAAAGCCGCAGAGAGUCAGGGGAGGCCAGCGCAACAGGAACAGGCCAGCGACCACUACUGUGCCUCCCACAGCGGCAGGACAGGACCAUGGACACGAUCAUGACCACGAUCACGACCAUGAUCACGACCAUGAUCACCAUGACCACAGCCAUGAACAUCACGACCACAACCAUGACCACAGACGUAGUCGCUCCCGGAAAGAGAAGAGAGAAGUGCCAAACAAGGACAGGAGAUCGUCCCUUGCAGAGCCUCAUUCUGACAGUCAGUUGCACCAACAUGACGAGUGCUUGAACCUGACUCAGCUGCUGCAAUAUUAUGGGCUGAGUCCACAGUCCACCAUCACCCCCCAAGAGUUCACCUACCUGUGCCCUGCCCUGCUCUACCAGAUCGACAGACGCCUGUGCAUACGCCACACGGAGUAUGAAAAUGUCCAGAGUGAACAAACCGCCAUGGUGUGGGUGUGGGGCUUUGUGUCCAUCACCAUCAUCAGCUUGCUGUCACUGCUGGGCGUGGUCCUGGUGCCCAUCCUUAAUCAGGCCUGCUUCAAGUUCCUGCUUACCUUCCUGGUGGCGCUUGCUGUGGGCACACUGAGCGGCGACGCCCUGCUCCACCUGCUACCCCACUCUCAAGGUGGUCAUGACCACGACCACGGCCAUGAGAAGCCCCUGGACAAGGAUGGGGACCUGCUGGAGGAGUUUGAUGCAGUGUGGAAGGGCCUGAUGGCGCUGGGGGGGAUCUACCUCCUCUUCAUUAUCGAACACUGCAUCGGCAUGUUCAAGCACUACAAAGACCAGGGGGGCACCCUGUGUCAGAGGAAGAAGAGGAGUGAGGAGGCGAAGAUCGGCAGGAAGCUGUCGGACCACAAGCUGAACCGCCGCUCCGACGCCGAGUGGUUGCACCUGAAGCCACUUACGGAGGGUCCAGAGAGCACGCCAUUGCCAGGCGAAGUGAGCCACAACGACACACAGCUGUCUGAGCUUCAGCCGCCGGACUCGCCCACCACGACCCCACUGGCCCUCACCGACGGCCAGGACGGCCAGCUGGAGGCCGAGGACCACCAGGCCACGGAGAACGGCAGGAAGGCCAAGACAAAGAAGCACGGGCACUCGCACGGCCACGGGCACUCGCACGCGCACUGCCACUCCGACCAGGAGAUGAAGGAUGCGGGCAUAGCUAGCAUCGCCUGGAUGGUCAUCAUGGGAGAUGGAAUGCACAACUUCAGUGAUGGCCUUGCCAUAGGUGCCGCCUUCAGUGCCAACAUCACGGGUGGCAUCAGUACGUCUGUUGCCGUAUUCUGCCAUGAACUGCCUCAUGAACUUGGCGACUUUGCGGUGCUGCUGAAAGCGGGCAUGUCCGUGAAACAGGCCCUGGUGUACAACGUCCUCUCUGCCCUCAUGGCCUACGUGGGCAUGCUGAUUGGCACGGCCGUCGGUCAGUACACGCACAACGUCACCAGCUGGAUCUUCGCCGUCACCGCUGGCAUGUUCCUCUACGUGGCCUUGGUGGACAUGCUGCCGGAGAUGCUCCACGGGGACAGCGAGGAGCACAAGCGCUGCCAGCUGGGCCACUUCCUUCUGCAGAACCUGGGCCUGCUCACUGGGUUCACCCUCAUGCUGCUCAUCGCUAUCUUUGAGGAUCGUAUCAAGUUCGAUUUUGACCUCUAGAUAGUGGGGCUCGUAGCUAGUGGGUAUAGUAGAGUGGGUGGGUUUCGGGUAGGAUGGGGAGGUAGGUUGAGGAGGGGGGGCGGGGGCACAAAGCUUAAAGUACACGGGCUUCACCUUCAAGUGGCUUCAAAGUGCGGAGUUUCUGUUCUGCAAGCAUGGUACAAACAGCUCUUAUUUACACCCAUCAUGUCUCAGUUGAAAACUGCGUCUGUGGAGGCUCUUGCAGUAACUGACUAUGAGGACAUUUACAGUUUACCUAUCUAUUUAUUUUGCUAACCCCCCCUACCGCAAUCUCGCUGUGUCUGUCUCAGACCCCUACCCCCCACCCUUCCUGACAAACAGUUGGCGCAUGCGUUGUGACUCGAGUCGUGAGGCAGAUUUCAUAAGGUCACCCAUAAGUGCACUAACCAGUGCCUCCACCACUGCUAGUAGAGUUACUCUAGCCCAUGGCAGCUGCUCCUCUGACCGAGGGAAACAUUCUUCUGCUGUUAUAACGUCUGCAUCUAAGAAAAAGGCGUUAAAGUUGGCAUAGGUGGUUUCUUAUCAGUUAGCUCCUUGCUACCACUUACGACUCUCAAAUUUCCCCCAUUGCUAAGCCGAGAGGGACGGGUUUGAGUUGACGGUGCAAUGUCACUCAGACUGGCAGAGGAUGAUUUCCCCCACAGAGGCAGCUCAUCAUGGCCAGAGAGCCCUUUGCCAGCCUCAUUACCUGCAGUCUUUGUCUUCUCAGCAGCUACCCGCCACCAUCUGUAUCGUCAGUUGUCUCUGUGUGUGUGUGUGUGUAUAGUGCAGCGUUGUUGUCAUAGGCCAUUUUUGUGAUUAGCCAUGGUGUGUCUCAUUGUGCGAUGUUCUCUAUUGUCCUUCCAUUCUUGUGCCAAGCACAGAUUACUGGGCAGCUCAUCCAGUCGAGGCAAUCCAAAUGCGCGUUAGAACCCACUGGUGACCAAGGCUUUUGGAAAUGGCAGCAGGUUUCAGUCUACACAGUGUAGUGUAGCUUAAGUACAGUUAAGUCUUAAGUACAGCCAGUGAUGGCACGACUAACUUGGGUUUUUUUUUAGAUAUCAUAAUGUGAAAGUAUGUUUAGGAGAGGUUAGCAUCUCGACAUACAUGUUCAGUAAUAAUGUAAUGACAAGAAAAGAUGUUUUCUUUUUUUACCCAUCAACUGCUUUGUUUAUUUGGUUGUAUCCAAGUCCCCAACAACAACAAAGGCUUGCAAGGAAGUAAACAAACAAGGCAAUAUCGACGCCACAUGACAAGGCUUUUUUUUUUUUGGUCUUGUUUUUUUUUUAGUUUAAGUGUAGAUGAAUAUCACUGUGAUAGAGGCUCUCAAGAGACCGGCAGACAGUAGUUUAGUUGAUCAUAUCAGUAAUGCUCAGAGCCACCUUUGAAAGGCAUAAUCUAAAAAAGAAACAUAGUCUUUACCUCUAGCCGUGGGAGCCAAGUAGUCACUGCGUGCAUGAAGGAUACAAGAAAUAAUUUCAAGGAAAGGUUUUGACCAUUGAACAUGAAAGGUAACAUUGAUAUGUGUCAUUUUCAUAGUUCCUUUUGCUUUUUGCAUUGACUUCUAAAAGCACAGUGAUGCAUAUUGUUCACAUUCAGAGAAAAAAAUUGGGGACUUGAAAUGUGGAUCUUAAUUCAUGACCACAGUUAGUAGCACACUGGAUUUUAAUUGUGACUGCAUCCACUGACUCCUUGUUACUGUCCAUGUUAGAGUCAAUAAAUGAUGGACUUACAAUGUUUUCGGAAAUCAAUCAAUGUUAACUGCCAUUUUGAAAUGUUACUUUUUGUUCAUUGUGUUAAUCAGCAGACAAUGCUAGAGCUUACUAAAUUCAAGACCAUGUCUCAAUGUGAAAUUGAUCUAAAUUUAUAUGUUGACAAUCUUAAGCCUUUGUGCGUGGCUGGACCUUCCUAUCAUUGUGUAUAUGUUGUGUAGUUUUUUUGAUUUUACUAGCCUAAUUUGCACUUGUAGUGAUUCAUUCACAUUGUUUUCUUAAUCAAACCAUGGAGUAUCUGUUUGAAAUUAUGUCCUCUAGACAAUGAACAUUUUUUUUGUUACCAUGAAACUAUUUGUCAUUUUCUAGUUGUCAUUUUUUCCCCUCAUUUCUAUGGGUAUUUGUGAUAGACACCACCUUGACUGUGCCAAAUGAAAAAAAGGCCAUGGGGGUUGAAAUUGUGCACUCAAAAAAGUGGCUGCUUUCAAAACAUUCCACUGGCUGUCUUCGCUGCUCAUGUGCUUUGUGGCCGUAGCACGCAAGAGCACCAUAUGUGUGCGAUCUCCAUUGAUCCUGUCACUGUGUGACAUCCAUUGUGUCCUAGUCUUGGCUGUGAAUCAUCGUGGAUCACAUUCGCUGAUAUACUUGAUUGGAUCAAAAUCAUGCAUGUGAGGCAUGAGUUUAAAUGGAUCGAACAAAAUGUUUUUUUUUUUUUUUUUUUGGCUGUGUUUUUUUAUUUCUGUUUAUUAAAUGAAGAGGAAAUAAAAUAAACACUGUGUGUCUUUGGAACACUUUUGUCUAUUACAUUUUUUGUGUGUCAUUUGUAAUUUAUUUGAAAUGAAUGUAAAGUCUCUGAGGUAUGCUUUGGGGGCCAGUGGUAUUGAGUUUUGUUCUUGAUCAAGUCUGACAUUGAUUAUCUUCAAAUAUGUAAUAUGCACCUCUACCCUGACCAAUAUCCUACCAAUGAAAAGAAUGGCACCAGUGAAAAUAAGGAAACCCAUAUUCUCAAUGUCCCCUUUACUAAGAAUGCCUGUUUUUUGCAUUUGCACUUUGUGCAACAAGCACAGGUCAGUCCCACCUAUUGAUAAGUGUGUUUUUCAAAGCAUAUAAAUCCAGGCAAUGCAACCUAUAACCUAUGAACACUUGCACAUUUAAGCGCUAAAGCAACCAAUUGGAAUUGUUAUCGCAGUGGAUAUAGCUUAAAUCGUUAAACGUUGCCAGGACAACCUUUUUGAGUUGCUUUGUUCCCAAAGACUACCUCACCCCUUUACAGACGAUGGAAAAAAAAAAGAUAAAAGAAGUCCCUCACUGUCUGGUCUCAGUUUACGUUUGUAAAGCGUUUACAAGCCUGGGUGUGUACAUGUAUUUACUGCAUUCACCAUACUUGCUGAUUGUGCAUCUCCCCAUAAAGAAGAGCAAAUAAAGAUUUGCAAUAUGCA